GAAAUCGGUUAGCUUGGUAGCCAGGUGUACUUUGGAGCGUUGGCUCGGGUCAUUUCUCAGCUCACUGUGGAAUAACAAAGGACUGAAUUUGGUUUGACCUACAGUAUGGCUUCAUUUAUUCUUGUCAUUGUCACAUACAUUCUGCUACCAUCAUUUGGAGCCCCAGGUGCAGUGUUUAUAGAGGAAGAGAAAGCAGAAAGUAUUCUGUGGAGGCGCAGACGGGCCAACCUAGGGCUGUUUGAGGAGUUACUCCAGGGAAAUGUGGAGAGAGAGUGUAUAGAGGAGAAGUGUACCCUGGAGGAGGCCAGAGAGGCUUUUGAAAAUAAUGAAAAGACAAUGGCGUUUUGGGCAAGUUAUGUGGAUGGGGACCAGUGCAAAUCAACACCCUGUCAGAAUCGAGGCACAUGUGAGGACCAGAUGGGCACAUACACCUGUAACUGCCGACCAGGCUUUGUCGGCCAAAACUGUGAAAUAGUGACUGCCAGACAGUGUGGCAUUGAUAAUGGAGGCUGUGAACAUUUCUGUGUUCUGCUGGAGUUUGGUGAAGCAGAAUGUCAGUGUGCAUCUGGUUACGCGCUCAUAGAAGACGGUUUCAGUUGUGACCCCAUAGUCAAGUUUUCCUGUGGCAGAACAAUCAAAACAGCCAGGAGAUCAUUUGUGAAAGGCUUCACUCCUACAGUAAACACAACCGCACAGUCUUCCAACAGGACAGUCGCAUCCACAUCUAGCAUGUCCAAAACAGAUAAUCGGAGCAGCUCAGCUUCUACACAAAAAGAUACAAAGUUGCCCUCUCUUAACAAACUUCCUAAAUGGGUUCUGGAUGACGACUUGACAUCUGCUAUACCAACAGAAAGUCACCAAAAAAACAGAAUUGCUGGUGGCAAUCCAGCUUCACCUGGAGAAAUCCCUUGGCAGGUGGCGCUGGUGGCCCGUUCAACUCAGGAAGUGUUUUGUGGCGGCUCCAUAUUGAGUGAGUUUUGGGUCAUUACAGCUGCUCACUGCCUGGUGGGACAGAAGAAUGGAUCGUUCUUUAUCAGAGUUGGUGAGCAUGACAUCAACAAAAUUGAGAAUACGGAGCAGAAUCUAAACGUGAGCCGUUAUAUCUCCCAUCCUCGUUAUGUCUCCAAAUUAAGCCUCUACAAUCAUGACAUUGCCUUGUUGCGGCUACGCACCCCUAUUCGGUUUAAUCAAAUGGUACGGCCGAUCUGCCUGGGGCCCAUGAGCUUCACCAACUUUGUGCUUCAGUCUGGAUCUCUGGCUCUUGUUAGCGGCUGGGGCCGCCUGCGCUACCAAGGACGGACUUCAGCGGUUUUACAAAAGGUUGAGCUGCCAUACGUGGACAGAACAGUGUGCAUGGAAAGCAGUAGUGAUCCGAUUACGCAUUUUAUGUUCUGUUCUGGCUACUCUGACACUCCUAAGGAUGCCUGUCAGGGGGACAGUGGAGGACCCCAUGCUAUGCGUUACCAUAACACUUGGUUCCUAACAGGUAUUGUUAGCUGGGGAGAGGAAUGUGCCAAGAAAGGAAAGUAUGGUGUGUACACGCAGGUUGGUAACUAUUACCGGUGGAUACAGCAUGUCAUUGGUGUUUCUAAGGAAACACUACUUGAAAAUGUGGACCAGUAAUGCAUUCAUGAAUUUAUAAUGAUUUCUUUAAACAAAAAUGUUAUAGAAACACAUUAAAAAAAUGUAACAUGAACACACUGUUUUUUUUGGGUGAACUAAGUCUUUUUGCCCUGGCUGGCCAAUUAUGCAUGACAUAUUUUUUCUUAUUUUCUAAUGAAAGAGGGAUAAAUAGAUUUCUAUGCCAUGUUGGUAAAGGAUUAGAACAUGGAUCUUGCAUUAGAAAGGAUAACUCAAUCUCUAAUUCUGACAGCAAGAAUAAAGCAGCCCUUUAGCUUUGAA